AUGAAGUUGAACAUCAGCUACCCUGCCAAUGGCAGCCAGAAGCUCAUCGACAUUGAGGAUGAGCGCAAGGUCCGUGUCUUCAUGGACAAGCGCAUGGGCGCUGAGGUUCCCGGUGACUCCAUCGGCGAUGAGUUCAAGGGCUACAUCUUCCGCAUCACUGGUGGAAACGACAAGCAGGGUUUCCCCAUGAAGCAGGGUGUCAUGCACCCUACCCGUGUCCGCCUCCUCCUCUCCGAGGGUCACUCUUGCUACCGCCCCCGCCGUGCUGGUGAGCGCAAGAGAAAGUCCGUCCGUGGCUGCAUCGUCGCCAUGGAUCUUUCCGUCCUUGCUCUCAGCAUCGUCAAGCAGGGUGAUGCCGAUAUCCCCGGUCUGACUGAUGUCGUCCACCCCAAGCGCCUUGGUCCCAAGCGUGCCACCAAGAUCCGCAAGUUCUUCGGCCUCACCAAGGAUGACGAUGUCCGCAAGUACGUUAUCCGACGAGAGGUUCAGCCCAAGGGUGAGGGUAAGUCCCCUUACACCAAGGCUCCUCGCAUCCAGCGACUCGUCACCCCCCAGCGUCUCCAGCACAAGCGCCACCGUGCCGCUCUCAAGCGACGACAGGCCGAGAAGGUCAAGGACGAGGCCAACGAGUAUGCCCAGAUCCUGGCCAAGCGUGUUGCCGAGGCCAAGGCCAACAAGGCCGAUGCCCGCAAGCGACGUGCCAGCUCUAUGCGCAAGUAA